AGUUGAACACAACUCGUCUUGUGAGAGCAAAGGUUGAGAGACAGAUGCGAUGGGUCCGUCCUUUUGGGUUUGCUCUCGGCACUCUGGGCGUCCUCGCUACCAUUGACGGACCAAGUGUGACAAGGACUAUGAUCAAAGAUGAUGUGGUGACUGGGCAGGGGAUGAAGGUGUAUGCAGGGCUGAGUAUGGUGCUAGCGAUGAGCUUUGCCCUCUUGCUCAAGGUCUCGGCUCUGGCGAGGGAGACGUUCUCGGCAUCACUGCUGCCUCCAGCAAACGCGCCGGAUAAUCAUCUGGCGGUGAUGGCCUCGACAGGAGUGGUGUGGGCGCUGCUUCCGUUUGGCUCAUGCUCAAGACUCCGGUGGCGAUGCAGGCGCUCGAGUCGAGCCCGCAUGUGGCGAUGCCAUGGCUCGCGCUCCGGGUUACACUACUGCUGGCAUACGCGACGGCGUGGCUAGCUCCGAGGCCGAAUGAUGGGUUGGCAUCGAUCAAGCUCACUGCGCUGCUGAUGCUGAUCAAAGCGGGUGUGCUUGUGGUGAUGGGUACCAUGCCCGAGGCUGCGUUUCCGCUCGGGCUCGGCGGCUGCCUGUUGUGGGGAUGGAUCUUCUGGCGGCUGCGGGUUCUGGACUUUGUUUUUGGCGUGUAUGCUCAGGUGGAAGCGAGAGGUGGGCAUGUGAUGCAUAUUGUAGGAGCGUUGUUUGCCGUGGUGGGCCAUACUGUACGGCGGCUGCUGGCAACGUUCCAUGUCCGCGACAUUGGGUUUCUGUACUCGACGGCGGUGAUGGCCAGCGACGCGUUGCAUCGUGCGCGCAACACGGAUGGGAGUGUGAUAGACAUGGUGCUGGACACGCUGCAUGUAGCGGGCCUCUCGACCGGCCUGCGGUACCAUGCGUUGCUAUGUGCACUUGCUGUGUGGGGCGGGCUGGCCAUCCGGGUGGUGGAGGUCAUGUUUGUGCCGAGCACAGUGCGGGCUGUGGCGUCCGAAGGCGUCGAGUUUCCGUUCCUCAACCCGCGACACCGAGCCGGGUACAUUGGAAAUGCGCUAUGCUGGACGGUUGUGAUGCUCAAGCCGUACGGGCUGCCACUUUUGAGUGCACUGAGCCACGUGCCGAUCCUGCUGUUUGUGUACGGAUUGCACAUGGUGUGCAUGGUGGCCGAGGUGUCAUCGGCGAGCCUUAUGGUGAUGGCGUCGUCGGGGGAGACGCGGGGGCAGCACGUGCGUGUGCUAGCGCUGUUUGGAUGUGUUGUGGUGCUGGAGGUCUGGCUUGUGGUCGCCUUUGCACGACUGUACGCGACCAUGUCGGGCGAUACCAUGACGUACCUUGCGCUGUACCUGCUCAACAUGGUGGUGCGCGGGCUAAUUCGGCUGCUGAAGUCGUUUAUGCUGUACGUUAUCCACCACCUCGCGUCUGCAGCGCGGAUCGAGGCGUAUGUCUUCUACACCGAGCUCUCGGCCAAUUGCAUGGAGAUUGGCAUCAAGGCGCUCGUCUUGCUCGGCAACAUCCGACAGUCGGGCCGCGAGGUGUCGGCAGACAAGAUCUUCAUUGCCAUGUACGCGUAUGAUGCCUACAAAUUUACCCUCGCCAACUGGGAAGCGUACAAGCGGCGGCGUGAGGCUGUGCUCCAGUUUGACGCCCAGGUCGCCGACGCCACCCCGGCCCAGAUCGAAGCCUACGACGACGUGUGCGCUUUCUGCUGGGACGACAUGGAGCCGGGCAGCGCCAAGAUCACCCGAUGCGGGCACGUCUUCCACAGCGGAUGCCUCCAAAAGUGGCUCCACGUCAAUUCCGCCUGUCCCAAGUGCCGCCAGUCUGUGCUGGAGACCGGAGCUCCAAGUGGUGAGUAAACGAGUCAGGCCAG